GUACCACGCGAGGUUCGGUACCAAGAUAUUCAACAGUGUAAUCGAGCCCUGCUCAAUUGAAUGAUAUAUAAAAGGCUGAGAAGUGAUCUUUUCCCGGCGCGUCAAAUCUUGGUUACCUUAGUCUUUUUUCCCCUAUCGAUAUUGAUUAAACAGAAUCCAUACGCGCCGAAAACACUAUUUAACACAUCAUCAAUCAAUUCUUCCGAAUUUUUUCAACAUGCAAUUCCUCAAGACAUUCUUGUUGGGUGCGUUGACUUUUGUAGUCCCGGCUUCAGCGGCCACUAUUCAGAAGAGGGACACCGUUGAUGUCUUCAUCUGGGGCAGCGCAAACUUCAACGAUUACACCGAAUCCUAUACCUUCAACCCCGGCGAAUGUCAGGCGAUUACUGCCCCAUCAUCAGGGAGCGUGGGCUCCGCAACAGUUGACGAGAAUGCUAGUUGCAACGUAUACGCGAGCUCCGACUGCUCGGGUAAUGUAGCAGGAACAUUCAGUGCUCCGGGUAUCUCUGAUACUGGCUCCCUUCGGAGCAGCUUCGGAAGCGUCGUGUGCACGAUUCCUGGGAGUGGGAGCGGUGGUAGUGCAAGCACAACUUCGACCGCUGCCAGUGAGCCAACUGACGUUUGUGAUCUGUAAGAGGGUUGAAUGGUACGAGGUAUCGGUAUACAGUGCAGUACUGCACGGCAAUAUUAGUGACGAGGAAUUCACCAUGCAAUUAUCGUUGACAGCUAUGCGCCUGAGGUUGGUGAUAGUAUUCCAGGGCAAGAUCCCAGAUUGAAG